GCAAAGAACGGGACUGAGAGUAAAAGCCUCGUAAAAUAAUCCCACAGUAGAAGUAUGAGAUAAGACAAGCAUGAUUCCCUGGAGUUCUGUUUGAGGACCUUUGUUCACCUGGAUCACUAAUUACUCGCAUCCCGACAGAUAGUACAAUUAAAACCUAUCGUAUAUUCCAGAAACCUGUAUAGAGUUCGUUCAUUAAGGUAUCUCUUUCGUAUAUAUAUUUAAAAAAGCAUUUCGCAUUCACCCUCGGCAAAAUAUUUUAUUGGCAUCAUAAUGACAGUGGGACUUGGAAGUUAACGCAAUCAAUGCGAAAUAAACGUAUUUGUAGGUUUGUGCCCCUCGACUCCAAGCGCCAAGCUCCAAUCUGGAAAAGUGAUCUUUCCGUCACGCGUUUCCCGUUUACAGCUGUGAAGGCUCCUGGGAUUUGUAGUUCGUCAUCGGGUCGGGCGCGUUGAGCUGCUGCAGCGGAGAAGUGUUUUGGACUACAAGUGCUACUAUGCAGUGCAGCUCUCUUCCACGGGACCAGGAGCUAUCGGAAAGCGCAUCCUGAAUGUUUCACGGUUCACGAACCUCCGUGGGUGCUGGCAAGGAAAGAAAUAGGACUUCACAAUGGCAGAGAGAGUGAAUAACUUUCCGCCCCUGCCUCAGUUCCUGAGAAUUAAGCCUUGCUUUUACCAGAACAUCGAGGAGGAAAUUCCUGCACCCUACCAGCAGUUAGUGCGCAAAGUCUACAUGCUAUGGAUGAUGUAUUCAGCCACCCUGUGCAUGAAUGUGAUCUCAUGUAUUGCCUGGUGGGCUGGAGGUGGAGCUGCCCAAAACUUUGGCUUCUCCUUGCUCUGGCUCAUCCUCUUCAGUCCCUGUAGUUACAACCUGCUGGUUCGACCACUCUACAAAGCUUUCAGGGCUGACAGCUCUUUCAACUUCAUGGCCUUCUUCUUCAUCUUCUUUCUUCAGUGUGUCUUGACCCUCAUCCAGGCUAUAGGCAUCUCUGGCUGGGGAACUUGCGGGUGGAUUGCGACAGUGAUGUUUUUCAGCUACAACGUGGGCUCUGCUAUAGUGAUGCUUAUCACAACUCUGCUCUUCACUUUGGUGACUGUUUUAAUGGGACUGGUUCUCAUCAAGGUGCACAGGCUGUACCGCGGUGGUGGCGGGAGUUUUGAGCGUGCUCAGGAGGAGUGGAGCACUGGGAUGUGGAAGAGUGCGCCCGUGAGGGAAGCAGGGUUCAACGCAGUCGCUCAAACGGCCCAAGGUCCAAGCUUGCCUCAGUACCCUGCUGCAGUGCCGAGCUACCCCGACAACAGCCACUAGGUGAUACCUGUAAAAGGCCUCUAGAUGGAGACGACAGCUGGCCAAUCCUGUGGUGCACAAGAACCCUGAACACAUUGAUGACUACACCGUAAUUCCACUGUUACAUGACAAAAUGCAUUGCUGUAUUCUUUUUUUUGUGAUUGAGAGGAUUUUUUAAACAGAGAAUUACUGAAAGAAGGAAAUCAAACAAAGGGCUUCCCCUGUAAAGCUCAUUAAAGCCUUACAUUUGUGAAGGAGAGCUGUCUUCAAAAUAACGCCAUUCCAUUUCACUUCACUUAUGUUUACAUGUAGCCUAUCAAACUUAAUCUGAUUCUUUCCAUUUUAAACGUUGCACAGAAAAAAACACAAUUUUAUGCUGAGAAGGAAAUUUGUUUAAGAAGAUGUACUAUUUUGUAAAUAAGACACAAUUGGAAACUAUUUAAAAGGGUAGCAGCUGUUUGAGGAUACCAGUGUGUGAGAGGCGUGUGCCUUGUGGAUCAUAGGAGAGGAUUUUAUGUAUUGCCAGAGCUGCAUGCUAGAAACUGCAGUGUGCUGUGAAAGGAUGAAGGUCAGGGGUUUUCUUUUUGCACCUAGAGAAAGGAAAGUCUGUAAACUGCACGAUUUCAAUCUGGUGACUUUUUUUCCUGUGUGUUUUGUAUAAUAUAGCGGCACCUCCGUUUAUUUUUGAUACCUUAUGCUUGUUAUCUCAAUGCUUGUUUGCUUUGGCUAUAAUUCCUUGAGAUGCGCCUUAAUAUGCGUGCAAUUUUGCAUGUGACAAAAUGUCUUGCUUGCCUCUUGCCUUAACAGAUGCUGCUUAUAUGCCUCAGUGAAGCAACAAGUGGGGAAAAAAAACUUCAAAAGUAGACAGUGCAUAGUCCUCCUCCUUUGUGAUUCCUUACCGUGCACUGAUGUGCCAAACACUUGCUUCUUUCCAUGAUUUCACUGUUGACAAGCCACUCCAAAGUAGAUAUUGUGUUGCGCUCGGCCUCAGUGAAUUUCUCACGCUGCACACUGACUAUUGUCUUGUUUUAAAGCUACACUGUUUGCUUUUGGUGGUCAGUGCCCGACCGUGGAGCACCUACUUUAUCUGUUGUUGUCGAUGUUCCAGGCAUUCCGCUUUCUCCACAGAUAGACUGAAGUUGUGCACCGUGUUCAGUGACUACACUUAUAUGCGGCUUUUGCUACAGUUCAUUUUCUCUCAUCCUGAAUGAAUUGACCUCAUAACCAAUAUGAAAAGCACGCCACAUUGCUGAUUGAAGCUACCAAAAAUUGUGACUGUACAUACCAUUAAUCCUAAGCAUUUUCGGUCAACCAUUAUAGAUCCAGUGGCAUCUUGCAUGUAAAUGUUUAAAUGCAGCCCAGUAUUCCCAUUUACAGGACCAAUUUAAUCUACUUUCAAAUCAACUGACUCCCUACAAACAAUCAAAGCAGAGAUUGUUUACAGGAGACAGUGGAAAAACUGUUGAAUGUAACUUCUUGUGCAGAUAAUGCAACUAGUCAUCCUAUUUUCAUUUCAAAGAUUCAAUCAAAGCCUGCAUGUAAAUGUAGGGACUGUGUUUGAUUAAAGGUGCCUGCCUUUUUUUUUUUUUUCUUGCUACUUAAGUGUCCUUCAUGGCUCACUGCCACUAGAAGUAUUUGAUUUUCUCUCUCUCUUUUUUUAUUUGAUAAGUGACAAAUAUUAAUGGAUAUGUUGUUGGACUGUCAGACUAACCUUGAAAUAUGACAGAACAUUUCAGUAAACAUUCUUAUUCACACA